AUGCAGCGGCGCGGACGGACCGGCACCGGACCCGUGACUCUCGUGGUAUCUCCGCUCAUCUCGCUCAUGGAAGACCAGGUGCUCUCCUUGGCCAGCAACGGCAUCUCGGCCUGUUUGGUCGGGGGUUCUUCUGACUUGAGGACCGAGGAGAAGGCGAUCAAGGGUGACUACCCGCUGGUCUUCGUCACGCCGGAGAAGGUGUCUGGGUGGGACCACGGCCUAAAAGCGAUGCAAGCGGGGCCGGGCCUUGCCUUGAUCGCGGUGGACGAGAGCCACUGCGUGGCGGAGUGGGGCCACGACUUCCGACCCUCCUACCUGGAGCUACGCUCCCUCAGAGACAAGUUCCCGCAGGUCCCGCUCAUGGCGCUGACGGCGACGGCAACCCCUAGAGUCCAGUCCGAGAUCAUGACUAACCUUGGGCUGCGGAAUCCCUUGGUGGCCAAGACCUCCUUCAACAGGUGGAACCUGCACUAUUCGGUCAAGACGGUGAACGUCCAGAGCAGGCACGAGGCGCUGUGUUCGCUGCUGCGGGGGCUGGAGGGAAGCGCCAUAAUCUACGUCAUGACCAAGAGGGACGCGGAGCAACUGACGGGAGACGUGGCGCGUAUCGUGGGUUCCAAGGGUGCGAGGACUUACCACGGGGGCAUGUCCCCCGCGGACAGGAGGGAGGUGCACCACGCCUUCAUACGGGACGACGUGCAGGUGGUGAUAGCGACGAUCGCGUUCGGCAUGGGGAUCGACAAGCCGGACGUUCGUGUCGUGAUCCACUGCGGGCUGCCCAAGACGGUGGAGGCCUACUAUCAGCAGACGGGCCGCGCGGGCAGGGACGGGCUUCCGGCGAACAACAAGCUGCUGGCGGAGAUAGAGAAGUUCUCCACCUCCCUCGGGUGCCGGCGGCGGGCCAUCCUGGCCUACUUUGGCGAGGACAUGGGGGAUUCGAAGUGCGACGGCUGCGACGUUUGUGACCGUACCGCUGCGGCUGCGGCAGCAUCCGCUAAUGGCGCUACCGCGACCAACGAGGACGUCGAGCUGUUCACCGGCCCGGCCAGGCUGGUGCUGCAGGCAGUUCACGACUCCGGAGGGCGGUACGGGAUAACGGUGCCGAUCGGUCUGCUGAUGGGGACCAAGAGGGGAACGGACCGGGUGCACAACGCCGCCAUGAAGCCGUCUUUCGGCAAGGGGAAAGAGAGAGGCAAGACGGAGACGUUCUGGAAGGCCUUGUUCCACCAACUCGUCGAGAGACAGGGGUUCCUUGAAGCGGUGUCGUUCUCGAGCGACAACGGCGGGCGGAGCGGGACGACCUACCGCUUGACCCGCCAGGGGAGGAGCUUCCUCCAGGCCACCAAGGAGAAGCUCCCCAUGUCUUUCACGCCUUCCGAUGAACUGGCGACGGAAGGGAGGCGUUUUAGGACGGCCGCUGCGCGUCCCGCGGACGGCUACCCGCAGACCAACGCCGCGCGCAACGGGCUCUCCGAGGAGGAGCAGAAAGUGCACGCGCUCCUGCUAAAUCUCAGGAAGGAGAUAGCGGAUCGCACGGGCGAGAUGCCGUACAACGUCAUGGGGGGCGCCGUGGUGAAGGAGCUGUCGAAGAGGAGGCCGGUCGACCUCACCACGCUCACGUCGGUGGGCGGCAUGGGGGAGACGAAGAUUAACAAGUACGGGGCUGAGAUAAUCGAGUGA